AUGAAUAUAAUACUUGAUAUAAUGGUUAAGAACUCAAACCUGAUCUCACGCCAGGCUUCUUUAAUUCCCUGUAUUCUGAUCUGUGAUAAAGGGAAUGCUAUGCGAUAUAAGAGCUCCAGAAUUAAUAGAUCCCAAUCGGCGUGUAUUGUGGAGAUAAUCCUCAUCGGUAUCGAAGCCUAUCAUACGGUUGAUAAUGAUUUGGGUCUCAUAUACGCGAGACAUGAAUUUCAACACUUUUACAAACUAUUGAAAAGUGUUGUCUUAAAACACGGCAUCGUUUUAGACUACAAACACAAACGCAAACUCGUGUUCACGGCUUGGGCUCUAAUAUUGCUAAACGUAUUCAACGCUGUCCUCGAAAUCAUUCUUCUGUAUCCGAUUGUCUUCGAAGAGAUCACCGAACAGUCAGAUCACGACAAGGCGUACAUCGAUUUGCCCAAACCAUUCGCGCUGUACUUCACGCUCACAAUCAAAGCCAUCGGUUGUAUUCAUUCCAAAGCGUUGGACACUUUGAUCAUAUAUUUCUCUCUACUGCUCACGUAUUAUAUGAUAACGUUUGGCCAAAUUGUCAAAGAGAUGUGCGCUUAUCUCGAAUACGUUAAUUGCAAUGCAGACAACACUAAAAGCGGAAACAAACUCAAGUCUUACUACUCUUUCGACGAGUUGAGGCAAAAGUAUAUAGCGUUACAGAAGAUGACAAUUUUGGCCAACAAUUGUCUGUCGCCAUGCAUUUUGCUCACUACCGGUUGUAAUGUAAUCGCCGUAAUGGGCGGCAUAUUCAUAGCGAUCGACGUGUUUGGCCAAGGUGCUAAUCUCGAGGAGGAGGAAGUGUUUGACUUAUUUAACGGAGUCAUAUGCGCCGCUUCUUUGAUUGUGUGCGGAAUAUUCGGCGACGAUAUCAUAAAGCAAACACAGGUUGCUUUAAGACAACUCGAAAAUAUCAACUUCAAUACAACUGGGGAUAAAGACUAUAGAAGUGUAUGUUUAUGA